AUGUUUAGUAUUGGCAAUAAACCAAACUUCAAUGGGAGAAAGCCUAUUUCGUUGAACAGGUGCCAUAGGGAAUUGAAGAACGGUUUGAAAUCCGUCACUUACCCUCUUUUAUUAACUUCAACGGAUUUGUACCGCGUGUUUCAACUAUCUCCACCUGAAGAGCAACAUGAAAAAGCCAACUUGGAUUUUUGUGAUGGUUAUAUUGACCCUUACUUACGUCGAUUUAUUAUAGUUGAUAUUAAGAAUUGGACGCUCCGCAUCUCAAAUGAUCAUUACUGUACAAAAAAUGUCAUUUUUUACGAUAUCAAAAGAAAUUUGAGCGAAUUAAUCAGUCUUGAUAGUGACUGUGAACUUUUAACCGUGCUUGUCAGAUUCGUGAAAACAAGCUUCACAUUUGCUGAUCCUGGUUUUGUUCUUCUUUUCCCUUUAACUGGUGAUAUGUUCUACUGGGAAGAUAUAAACUGUCUUCGAUUAGUACAUGAACUGAAUCAUAUUAAAGGAUUUCUGCAUGUUAAAGUACCUCUUUUUUGUAAGGAAAUAUGUACCAGUCUUACCAUGAUACAGCCUGCUGGUUUUAUUGUUAGUACCACAGCAGGUAGGUUCUUUAACAUUUAUCCAAGAAAUGACAUGCAAAAGUUAGGGUUAGCGUAUCGAACGCUGCCACUGGCAGGGUCUCUAUUCAAUAUUCAAUCUAGUAUUUCAAAUGUGGUUUCUUGUUCAUAUCACAUCGUAGCCAUUCGGGCUGGCUCCAUAAAUGGCAAAUACGAAAGACUUGUUUACGGUUUAUUUUCAAAUGCUGAUAUAAACAUUUGGGAAGUAUCCCGGAAGGGAAAUUAUCAAUUGCUUCAAAAGAAAAACAUCCGAAAUAUUAUAAUUCAAAGAUUUCGCUAUGAUGGAUGUAUUGUAAACCGCUUUGAAUUCCUCGAUUUGUCUAUCUGUAAGUCUGACCCUUAUUCAAUGGUUUGCCUUAUUGCAUGGUAUGACAAUGCUUCCACAAGGAGUUAUGCAGUUACAUCUGUUUCUUUCAAUAAUGAGAUGAUACCAGAAAUAUCGGGUUUUCACAAAAUCCGUUCCUAUUUUUCUUCGGCUGAUUUAGUCUCUGCUCGUAUUUUCUGUCCUGCUCCUUGUACUGUUAUCUAUUGUGUUUUUGAUUCGUUAUUGGUUAUUAUUUGCAACGUUAAGGGAAGAAAAAAUCCCCAGUUUGUAGAAGAAGCCUUGUUUAUCAAUAAUUCGUGUAAAAAGUUUCAGGUCAUGAAUAUUGCUUCCAUGGAUGCUGUUCUCGAGGAUACAAAUAAUCGGAUGCUCAAAUUCCCCGCCCUUGUUUUAUUAACAAAGGGUAACGGUGUCAUAUUGAUUGAAUCUACCAACUGUUUCGGCAGUGAGUUUAAUGAUCUUAGUUUCUUAAGAAACCGUCUUUCGCAAUUUGCAUCACAGAACUCCUUAUUUAAGAACCAAUUUUCCCUAUGGUCUGGGUUUUCAUCAGUUUUACCGGAAAACAGGUUGUUCCCGAUACUUCUUAUCUUGUGUGAUGAAGUUGCAAAGUCAUAUCCUACCUCUCAUACUUCGGUUAGUGAAGUUCUGAAUUACCAGUUUCAUAAACUUAUGGAAACAAUUCUAGUUUCCAUGAAACACCUAAAACUAACAGCUAGGGAGCAACUUCAACUCUGGCUUAAACUUGCUUACGUUAACUCACUGGUCGACAUUUAUGGUCAGUUAAUAUGUGAAGAGCGAAAGAGCAACAUUCUUUAUUCUAUCCUUCAAGCUAUGAUAAAUACUGGGGAUAUAGAUGAUCUCUUUCUGAACAAGUCCUUGAAUCUUAAACUUUUACUGUAUUUAUUGCAUACGUUUUACAAGCGACACGUUAAUACGAAAGAUACCUUUAAUUUGAAGCUUCUGCGAAUCGUGAUAAUGGUGAAUAAUGUUUUUGGUUUGGUAUUUGGAAAUGAAUUGGCGUACCGCCAAGAAAAAGUCAUUAAAAAUGUGGAUCCUACAACCACUUUCUUACCUGAAUUAUGGAAUAUUGACAUUGAUGACCUAAAACUACUUUCAUCUCAAAUUGAAGAAUCGAUUGCUUUAGACCAGAAAAAGGAUUUACUCGAUUUUAAGAAUGCUCGAAACAAGAAACUGAGACUGAAACUAGAAAAACAAAUUCUACAUUUGAUAGAGCAUAGUUGUUUUCUUAUACAUAAUUUGACAAAUUGUCUUACGAAACUGAAUUCAGCGCCAGCAGUAGAGGCGGAACAGUACAGCUUAUUCGAAGUACAUAUUCGAAGCAAAAGGAGAAAAUGGCUGAAAUAUUUAGCUCGAAUAGGAUACUUGGAACGUGCAAUCAGAAUAUCUGAACAUGUGCGAGAUUUUCGUUCAUUGAUUGAUUUGCUUAAUUCGAAAAACUUUGAGAAUUCGAAAGAUAUAGUUGAUAGACAAAAACACUAUCUUGAAAUUUACAAAGAUGAAUUUGCUACCGUUCUAUUUACUCAUUUGAUUGAAACUGGUCAAACACGCGGUCUGCUGCAUGAUUUUAGAAGCUAUCACAUUUAUUUAAGAAAAUUCUUUGAAAAGAAUAAACUAUAUAACUUCUUAUGGGUAUAUGAAGCUGAAUUGGGGAAUUUCGCACAUGCGUCUGACAUACUAUUACGUGGCGAUGUGAUACAAAAAUCGAAAAUAAGUCAGCAAACUAUAUUUUUCGCUUUGUCAAAAUUGUUCACAUUAACGAUCGAAAAAGGUCAUGAUAACAAUCUUGUGAAACAGAAAAUGAAAGAGAUUUAUUCAAAUCAUAGGAUUGCUUCCAUUCAGCAUGAGUAUGCGAAGUUACUCGAUUCUACAAUAGAUAUCGCAGAAGAUGAACAGGAAGCAAUUUCACUUUUACUUGAGGCGAAUUGCAUUGCAUUACAUGAAGCCUCGAUGCGUUAUAGGAUAGCCUCUAAUCUUCUCACUCGCCUGCUGCUGAAGGAACAUUCUCCAGUUGUGGAGACGAUUGACUUUUUUACUUCAUUUUCUAUUGAAAAUAACUAUUUUGAAUAUGGUUUGGCAUGCGAAAUACUAGAAAAUUCUGCAUUUUCUACUCAUCAGUUUGUCUUCCUGUAUUUAUUGCUAACGCAGAGGUUUCUUUUACAACUGAAUUGGAAUGAAACGUUAAGAGCAUUAACGGAGCGGAACAUGGAUUAUUUGCUCUCUUUUAAAACUGUUUUUCAGAAGUUGGAAUCAAAAGACUUCAUUCUCGACCUGUAUGAUUCAAUUCAUCUCUUCCCAAAUAUUAUUUGUCUUGACAUACUAACAUCCUUAUACUCCACGGUGUGCGAAUCCCAGCUAAAAAGCUACAAACACGAGCUUUUAGCAGAACAUCGUAGAUGCCAGAAGCUCUAUGAAGAAAGAAAUCUCUCUUUAGUGCUGCCUCAAUUAUCAAAAUUGUUUAAAGAAGAACAGAGCUCCAAUGCAGACAAAUAA